UCGCCUCUGAGGCCCCUGUUGACACAGGACCCCCACCUCCUGUGCAGUUACAUUUAGGGAGGCAGGUUCAUUCUUUUCUUAAAACUAUCUUUAGUAGAGAGAGUUGCAGAAGUGCCAAAUAGAGGUGUACAGAAAGAAGGGCACACUUGUUAUUGUAGGACUUGCUACUUUGUAGUUCUUUAACGGAUUUACUUAAAGCAGGGGAAAACCUUUUUUUCAUCUUCUGAGGUAUUUGUUAUUUCUGGAUUGAUUAUUUCUAUUUUUUAUUAAUUUUUAUUUUUGUAUUAAUUAUUUAUACCACCUUUCUGGACGUUGGCAAAAUUGUUUUGCAAUACAGCGGAUUCCCUCUGGUCACCAUUUGUUUUAUCUGCCACCAUGACUUCUGUGGAAAUGAGUCCUGGAUUUGAUGUAAUCCAGGUCAGGAUCGAGACUCUAAGCAGCAAAAUGGACACGCUCAUUAGCAUCCAGGAAAAAGUCCUCAGCCGCCUGGACAGCAUGUCAGAGGAACUCGUUGGCAUAGAACGAGACAUGGAAACUCUGAAAGUAGACAAGGAAGAGACACCUCCAACAAGCCACACGAAGGGACCAGCCCGUGGCAUUGGGGGCGAGAUGAAAGAAAUGUGCCUAGAAAUGAACAACAUCAUGACAGCUGUAAAUGAGCGUUCCGAGCAGCAGACCAAGAAGCUGGAAGGCAUGGAGAGGCUUGUGAUGAGCAUCCAACAGGUGGUCAGCUUCAUUGGGGAAACCGUCAAGACUUCCAAAAUCACAGAACUCAUGUUCAAGGGGCCAGCAGCACGCAAAAGCAAAGCAAUGUUAUCCUCAGGGGGCAAGACUCAGGAUAGCAAACAUGGUACUAAGAGACAGGCCUCAUGUGAAACUGUACCCAGCAAGAAAACUACCUCUAAUAAACGUAAUAAAAGGACAGAAGCUUUAACCGUGGCAUUUGAGCCCAGCAGCCUGGAAGCUACUCAUAAGCUAAAGCUUCAUGGACCAAAGAAUUUCCUUUCCUCAAAGAAGUCCUUCAAAUUUCUUCACUCAUCCAUAUCAUUGCCUUCAAAACUGAAGGAUCACAAGUUUAAAGACGGGAAGGAGAAAAGUCACGUGACCCUUAAGGGGCUUAAGGUGCAGAAGACAAAUAAGCCCCCAGACACUACAGACUCGGCCUCUGUGAAGAAGCAGGCCCUGCUCCUGGAGGAAGUUCAGAAGCUGAACAAAGAGAAUGCUGAGCGCUCCAUUUCAUCCACAGGGUCAGAGGCUGAGGAACCUCCCAGCCAAAACCUUCUGGAUUUCAUCCUGGAUAAAGCUGAAGAUCCUGCAGUCGAACAAGAGGAGCUUUUACCAGACGUCCAGGAAAGAGUCGUCUCUCCGGAGUUAAAAGAAGAGGAGGAGAAAGUGGAGGAACCGAAAACCGAAGAUAUACAGGUUAAAGUGGAUGAGACGAUUAAAAAAUCCGAAGAGGAGGAGGUCAAAGAGGUAAUUGAAGAGGAGAUCAAAGAGGAAGAAGUUUCCCCGGUCGUUGUUAUGGAGGUGGAGAAUGCUGUGGCACCACAGAGCUGUGAACCUGAACCUCUGCAUGAAGUCACCACGAUCAGCGAGCCGUGUGAGUCGGUAAAGAGCCUUGAACUGCAGACCUGCGAAAAAGACAGCGAGGAAAUGAAAGAAAAUGAAAAUCAAAUGCAUGAUCCUCAAGAUCUGUGCGGCGUUUUCAAAGCAGACGGAGUCGAAAUCCAUUUAGAUUUCAGCAAAAUGAAGAAAACGGAAGAGAAACAAUUUGACGACGGCGAGUGCGAGCAGUUCUUCAUUGAUUGCACCCCUCCACCACCAGCUCCAUUCAACCACCGUGUGGUUUCAGCCAAACCCAACCAGAUCAGCAACUUCUACACCAUCAACCACCAGGAGAUCCUCGGAGGCGGCCGUUUUGGUCAGGUGCACAAAUGUAUUGAAAAUUCCUCUGGACUCACUCUGGCCGCUAAGAUCAUAAAAGCACGGAGUUUAAAGGAAAAGGAUGUGGUGAAAAACGAGAUUCAGGUCAUGAACCAACUGGACCAUGCCAAUCUCAUCCAGCUCUAUGCUGCCUAUGAAUCCAGGAACGACAUCAUCCUCGUCCUCGAAUAUGUGAACGGUGGUGAGCUCUUCGACAGGAUUAUAGAUGAGAACUACACACUGACAGAGCUGGACACAGUCAUGUUUGUCAGACAGAUCUGUGAGGGUCUGCGCUAUAUGCACAAAAUGUACAUCAUCCACCUGGACCUGAAGCCUGAGAAUAUCCUGUGUGUUAGCAGAGUGACAAACAAAAUCAAGAUCAUUGACUUUGGACUUGCAAGAAAAUACGUACCUCGGGAGAAGUUACGGGUGAAUUUUGGCACACCAGAGUUUCUUGCCCCAGAGGUGAUCAACUAUGACUUUGUGUCCUUCAACACAGACAUGUGGAGCCUCGGAGUCAUCGUCUACAUGCUCCUGAGUGGUUUAUCUCCGUUUCUUGGUGAUGAUGAUAACGAGACACUGAACAACAUCCUGGCCUGCCACUGGAACUUUGAGGAAAGCGAGUUCUUAGGCAUUUCAGAUGAGGCCAAGGAAUUCAUUUCCAAACUGCUUGUCUACAAUAAAAGUUGGAGAAUAGGUGCAAGUGAAGCUCUGAAGCAUCCUUGGCUGUCAGACCCCUUGCUCCAUCAACACCUGUACAAAAAGAAGAACAUGUGUCAUUCACGUCGAAACUCAUGUGUUCCUCCACCUGAGAGCUAAUAUCUGGCUUUGUUUCUGCUAGCUGAGGCCAUCCGGACCAAGCCUGCUGUGCUUUUUAUUACUGGACAUUACUUGUUAAACUACCUACCUUAUGCUGUUUGGGUCAAUUGUUGCAGAAAUUUGUGCCAUUUUUGGUAACUACAGUCACAUAUUAUUAUUGUUAACAUCAUUAUCAUUGGAGUUAAUUAAUCACAUAGCUCAAUAGUGAACUGAUUCGUAACCUAAAAAACUCCAUAAAUAAUUAUUUUGGAUCUUUUAAUAGGAAAUACAAUGAUUAGAAUAAUAAUAAUAAUCAUAAUUAUCGGCUUCUGCAUUUGUAUAAACAUGUAAAGCACCACUGUACACUGAAUAAGUAAAAAAUAAAACAUUUUGGUGUGGGCUUUUAUAGGAACAUAGUAAAUGACAACUAUUUAUUACAUAAAGAUAUGGUAGGAAAUUAAAAAAUUAACAAAACCUUCCUAAACGUAAAGGUACAGCUUAACCACAGACUGCUGUGAAGCACUGACACCUGAGACUGAAAAGUGUCCUUAAAGUUAACGUAUGUAAUCAUGCCAGCGAUUUCCUUUUUGUUUUUUUUUCUUGAUAAAUAACAAGAUUUUUUUUUUGUAAUUUGUUUAUUCUUGUACAAUUCCCAGUGAAUGAAUGAGUUGUUGCUAUAGAAACAGUAACAGAUUAGAAUUCAGCCUAGCUGUAUAGUGGAAUAAAUGUUAUUUAAAACACUAUCAUGAAAAUGAGAAAUAAAUGACAGAAUUGUGACUGGAAGUACCAGAGGAGUGUUUCACUGUGUGUUAUGGUGUAGUAUUAUGUGCUUAAGCAUGGAAUAGCAAAUUCAGACAACAGUGAAAAAUCUAUUUUUAUAUCUAGUUUCUAUACAGUAUAAUGAGCGAAGCGUGAGAGCUAACAUUCAGCAUUAGGUAAUAUUAUUUAAAGGAUGCAUGAUAACUUGCAGUGUUGCUGUACAUAUUUUUUUAUCUGUAUGACCUUUUCUCUGUGCUACACUGUAUAAAGAAGUUACUUGAUUUACUGUACUGUAACAGCCCAUUAAUCCCAUAACACUGAGACACGGUCUAAUCUCUUCUACUUUAUAUGAUGAUGCAUUAAAUCUGAUGAGGAGUGUUUGUAACUACAUUCAUCUGACAUUCUAUUCUAUCUUUUCAACUCCAGCAGUAAUUAAUAUCAUCUUUUCUUUCUUUUAAUGAAUAAGAAUUUGGAUUAUUUGGCCAAGGUUAGAAAAACACCUGAGUUACUGAAUUGAUCCCUGAAUAAAUUGUCUGUGAGGUCGAGGUGUCGACAUGUACACAUCUUCUGUUAAGCUGCAUUCUGCAUUCUUCUUCUUCUUCUACUUCUUCUUCUUCUUCUUCUUCUUCUUCUUCUUCUUCUUCUUCUUCUUCUUCUUCUUCUUCUUCUUCUUCUUCUUCUUCUU